AUUCAAGGUUGUUGAAGAGGAAGAGGGAGGUUUGAGCCAAGUCAUCAACACGGUAAAAAGGGCGACCUUUGGUUCGAAAUUAUUAACUGAUUGGUUUGAUCAAUACAUUUAUUAAGUCAUUGACAGCUAGUUGGAAGCUAAUUACGUUGAUAAUUUACUUCAUUCAAAAUUACAGUCAACUGAUCGAGUUUCUCCAGUCGUUGACGUAAUACAUAUUUUAUUUUUUCAUGUAAAUCCCUUUUUAUUUGCCGAAAAAUUGUGUAGUAUCUUGAUAAAACGUUUGAAAAUGCUUAUCACAUUGUGUUUAAAAAUACUGGGAGUUAGGCGUGUAAUUAUCGCAACAUUUGCUUUGCAAAGUAGAUCUGCAUGUUCACAGAAGCAACGAUGUCUCAAAUAUAGUAAUGGGUGUGAUUGUAUUAGAUGGGCAAUGGGAAUGCUUCUACUAAGUUUCCAGCUAGUCAUCUGACUACUUCGUUGCAAAGUGCCUUCCUCGAUUUACUUUUUUGGCUAGACUAUGAUUUAUAUAGACAAACCAGUGGGAUUAAGGAUAACAAGUCGAAUUUUAACGCGAAAUCCAUUGACACAUGUGGCAGGUUGAACCAUCUGCUACUAGUUUCGAUUCCAAGAUUUAGCUUGAGGAUUGUUAUUUCUGAUUAUUGAUGAUUAGUUUUGUUAUUAAAUUUAAGUGCAUUGUGUGCUCUUCUUGUGUCGUCGACUGACCUUUUGCUUUCCUUUUCCUAGCCUUCACGCACUCUUAGUGCUCCCUUAGUACGCAGAAUACUUGGCCGGACGCUAACCGCUACAAUAUAGCUGUCAGUUCGUGAUGAAAUCCUUUGAUUCUUAACCAUAAAUUUUAACUCGAUCCCAAGUCCUCAUAUUAGAUUGCAACCCCCUUUUGACCUUGAUAAAUAGUUCCAGCGACUAUCUCUAGUUGGUAUGGCCGAUUAUUGGAAAAGUAACCCAAAGAAGUAUUGCGAAUUAUGCAAAUGUUGGAUGGCUGACAACAAAAUCAGCAUUCAAAAUCAUGAGAAUGGUAUGCGACAUAAAGCUAGUGUGGCUAAAAAAGUUAAUGAAUUGACCCGUAGCAAUAAAUGUGCUGAAAUGGAAAGGAAGAAUUUAGAGGCAUGCUUACAACAAAUAAACGAUAGUGCCCACUUAAGUAUGAUGAAAGAUCUAGAAAGAGACCCAUCAUUGGCAAAACAGUAUGGAAUCGUACUAGCAAAGUCACCAUGUGAAGGGAAAUUGAACGAAGAGUCUUCUAGUAAAACAGGGAAACCAGUUGCUGAUAAAUCUCGUCCUGAUCCAUCCAGUCGUGCAAAUAUUUGGAAGGAAUCAAUUACCCCAGAUGGCAAACAUUAUUAUUGGAAUGUGGCUACUCGUGUUACUCAGUGGACACGGCCAGAUGGCAUUAUAGAGCCGGAUCAACGACCAGUGAAAGAAGAAAAAACCAGACUAAAAGAAUUCGUCUUAAAUCGUCUUGUGGAGUUAAGCGAAUAUGGAUCCAAGGGAGCCAAUGAGGCAGUACUACAAGUGUUUAAUGUACCUACAUCAGAUAUCGAGCCUAUCAUAGAAAAAAUAUCGGAUGGCACAUCCGAUAAGAAGCCGAAAAGUGUGACCCCCCCAACACCUGUUCAAUUUCAAGGUCCACAAAUUGACUUACUUGGUCCGUGGGUUCCUUGUGAUGAUACUCCUAGGCCCAAAUUACCCAAGCUUGAUCUCCCUAAUGCCUCGAAUGAUAUUGGAAGCUUCGGAUCUCCAAAUUUAGAUGGAAAACUGGCUGUACUUGCUCAGUUGGAAGCAACAACGGAAAAGUAUUACGAAAAUCCAACUCUUUUCAGUCCUAAAGACCAAGUAACUACUCAUAGUAGUUACGCAGCUGAAACCACUAAGCAAACCAAAAGUGAGGAUACUAAUGUACGACAAUCUAAUUCUAACACAACAGCUCGUAUUGUGUUCAAACGACGUCCUACGUCUAACCGAAGUAUACGUACCCCGCAAGAUGACGAGUAAAAGUUCCUACUGCAGUUGUGUACAUAUAAUAUUUUUAUGGAUAAUAUAGUCAUUUUUCAGCGAAA